AAAAAAUUUAUUCAAAAAAAUGAUAUAUAUUCUGAUUGGAUUAUUUAGUUUAGUCCUUUGUUAAGGAGAUGUGCAAACUACAGUUUAGACAGGUAUAAAUGGUUGUAAUUAAUUGCUCAGAAUUUUACAAAUAACUGUUGGGUGCAGAUCCUAAAUAAUACAUCGAAACAGGAUAUGUUACAUUAAAGGACUUAGAGGAUGGAUAGACAGCGGUUGGAGAAAUGUUCUACCACAUGUUUUUAAAACAAGGAACCAUGAGCUUAGACCAAAUAAAAUAGGACGAUAUUUUGGUUAUCUGGCUGAAUGGUGGUCCAGGUUGCUCAUCACAAUUUGGAAACUUUUAAGAGAUAGGUCCAUACAAGGUGGUGGAAGUGAGCAAAGACAAUUAUAAGGUUGAGGAAAGAGUAAUUAUUUAUUGAAUAUGGGAUAGCCAUAAUCUUGGAAUAAGUUGACACAUCAAUUAUUUGUCGAUUAACCAUUAAGAGUCGGGAUGAGUAGCGCAAAAGACGGAUUUGUGGUCUCAAAUACUGAAACUGCUGCUAAGUAUUUCGCUAAUUUCCUUCGGGUCCUCUACAACAAACACACAAUUCUAUAGAGAACUCAAUUGUAUAUUAUGGGAGAAAGUUUCGCUGGACAUUAUAUCCCUGCCAUAGCUAUCUAGAUAUUGACUUAGAGGUUGACAUUCGUCAAUUUUAAGGGAGUUGCUAUAGGAGAUGGCUGGACAUAGCCAUUUUCAUAAUUUUCUUAGUAUGCUUCCUAUUUGUACACAAUUGGUACAAUUACAGAAAGACAAUUCAAAAUAAUCCAGAAUAACAUAGCCAUAGGAUAGAAUGCCAUUUUGAAUGGGGACAUGCAAUUGGCAUACAAAUAAUUCGACUUGUUGUCUGAUGAUGAAACCAUUAAUAUGGCUGGUGGAAUCAACGUUUACAAUUUCAGACAAUACCAAGGAUAAGACAUCGAAGAUACUUCUCAUGAGAGAUUCUUGAACUUUUAUCUAAAGACUUAAUUCAAGGCUCCAACCACUAAAACUAUAUUUGAAGGAUGUGAUGGACCUACUUUUGAUGCCUUUGCUUUGGAUAUUCCAACUAGUAGAAAGGGCGACAUUGAGGUCCUCUUAUCAAGCAACAUCAAAGUCUUAUUGUUCAAUGGGUAAUUAGAUUAUAUAGUUAAUACUCCUGGGGCUGUCCUGUGGAUGAGUUAAUUGAAUUGGGACAAAAUUGGACUAUGGAAAAAUGCUAAGAAGGAAAUGAUUGUUGUGAACAAAGAAACACAAGGAACCUGGAAGCAAUAUGAAAAUUUCAUCUAUGCAACAAUAUACACAGCAGGUCACAUGGUCCCUACAGAUAAUCCCUUAGGCGCUUAUGCUAUGUUAGAAAAAUUCUUAACAAUGUGAUGAAUUCAUAAAUCAUAAAUUAUUUUA